AUGCAGCAGAGUCGAAGCUCUGUAUAUGCUAUGGGCGUGUGCGCAGCGCAGCGCAGGCGCGAAUACGUGGUGUCAGCAGUGGGCAGCGGUAUGGGUGUGGUAUGGGUGUGGUAUGGGCGAGCGAAUGCGCGGCGCAGCAGCGCGGCGACAGAAGGAGGGCGGCGAUUAUUGUAG